AUGGCUUCACGCAAACCGCAGCGAAGGAUGCUCAAGAGGUGCGAUGGACUGGGCUGCUGCAGCUGGAAAUCUGCGUUUGGUGCAGUGGUUCCACAUACACCGGCGAGAAGGAUGUACAACAAGAGCAAGAUGACUGGGCUGCUGAUGCUGGUCAUUUGGAUACCGUUCAAUGGCUGCACAACAACAGGAUUGAGGGGGACGCGGGCCGCGCUCUUUGUGUUGCAGCAAGCAGUGGCCACCUGGAAGUCGUGUGGUGGCUGCACGCAACGAGGGGGCAAGGAGCAAAGCGGUGAUAUGGACAGUCAAGCGGCCCUUGAAAUCGCAGACGCGCAUAACCACUCGGACGUAGUUGAGUGGUUUCAAGCGCAUCAAAAGGCAUGCAACCCGCUAGAUUGCGACUCUGGAUAUCAAGUCACGUCCCGAGCAGACCGUGGGUCUGAACAAGUCCGCUGUCAUUUCAUGUUAAAGUAUCCCGUGUCAUAUGUGAAAUCCCUCAAGUGGUCGCCGACGGCCACAAGUAUGCGUAGCCCAAAGCAAGCACGGCAUAACGCCAAUGAGGGCGUGGUGAUCCAUACACAAAUCAGCAGUGGUCGUGCACCCACAUCUUUUGUCAGUCCGAGCGGAGUGUCUUGCGGCUGGAUACGGUCGAGUGACGAAGAAAACAUUGCUGUCAAUGCGGGAUAUGUCGAGUGGACACUGGUGAAUCGGGACAAAGUCGUAGCCGCCGCCGACAAAUGGCAGUUCGCCGGGACUGUUGCGUACAAGUACGGAAUGAUUGUUCGGGCGUUCCGCAAACUGGUCGAUUUGUUGGUGAUAUUCUGGUGGCGCAGCCACGACCGCUGA